GCUCUACCAACGGAGCUACACGGGACCUAAAAAAAAAGCUAAAAGGGUGUCAUUUUUGUGCAAUUUGGACCAACACUGGCUUCUUAAUGUCCACUUCUUAGAGUAAAAUAAUACAUUAUUUUUCAGAUUUCACAGUCAGUGCCUAAAAUGAUAUUAAGCCUUUACUAACAGGAGAAUGCAUUAAACCACUUCCAAAAUAAAUCACUUACCACAUGAUGAAUUCAAAAGGAUGAAAAUGACAGAAGCAUAUAGCAAAGAGCUUGAACCUUCAGCAGCUUAUUAGCAAACAUUAAAGUGAAAUGUGGGAAAUUUCAGAACUUGGAAUCCUCCUUUGGAGCUUUACAGUCUGUGACAAAACAACAAUUUCUGACAUCCCAAGUGAGCCAGUAAACAUAUUGUAUAAUGUUAAACAGAAUGUUGCACCGUCACUACCACAGAGUACAAUGUUUGCAUUUGUACUGGCCAACUGUGUCAAUGUAAGUAACACAUGCAGCUGUUGGAGAAUACAUGAGGGUUUGCAUGCAGUCAAAACGCUAAGGAGCCUAAAUGUGAUACAUUUCAGUCUAGACAUCCUCCGUCUAGACAUAUGAGGCUCCAUGUGCAGCUGCAAAACAACAUCAAGAAGAUACCCAUUGACCUUUAAAGUUUAAACCCUCAUGGCCUUACUGAGCACUCCAUUCAUAUAGCUAACAUAUUUACACAUUUGCUGUAAUAAUCAGGAAUUCCAUCCCCAAUGCACAGUUGAAGCAUUUCCUACACAAUGUUGGCUUUAAAUGCAUACGACUGUAGGUUAUUGUUCAUAUAACUUAGAAAACAAUUCAUUAAGGAAAACAUUAAUGCGAAUUGACAACAGGGACCACUCAAAUCAGAUUUUACCUGUGAUUUACCAAAACCCUAUAAAGCGACACAAUAUUGGUAUAAUAAAAUAAAAUUGUCCUACAGAUAUAAAUAUACAAAUCUGCAUAGACGCUUCCUUGUUUGGUGUACAAUGUUAAAAAUCUGUGUUCAAACACUGCAGAACUAUAAUGCGGAAAGAGGGAUUACGGCACAUCAACGUCAAACAUAAUAACCGUUAAACCUUUCAUUCUCUCUGACAGACAGCUCAACAUCUACUCAUGUGUUGCACUUGAAAAAGUUCAUGUCAAAACAAUAACAAACUGCACGUGGCAAUGUUUACCACCUGGCUGGGGCCAGUCCCUUCCGACAGACAACACACUUCGCAAAUGCCGCCCCUUUUCGACCAGACAGACAAGCUACAUUGUUAAAAUGUUUGGCCCGGCCCACUAGGCUACUAUAAAUUGCUGGAAUGCGUCCAGGCCACAGACAUUAUUGAUGUGGAGUUCCAGACGCCUGUACAUGAUUUCCGCGAAGAUUACAAUGCAAAGAAACCUCAUCGCUGAGGAGAGCAGCCUCGCCCCGCCCCCGACCCAUUAUUUCGACAUGUGGCAUGACUACAUGAACCUAGGGAGUUUGCUGGAGAAACUGUGUGACGUCGCAGAUCGGACAGAGACCUCCUAUACCCAGCUGAAGGAGCAAGUACCGGACGCCGAGGACCAGACCGGUCGCCAGGAGCAACCGUGGUUUCGUCUGAACUCGAUCGGGACUGAGAGCCUGUCCUCUGCAAGCAGCAUUUCAGACAACACGAGCCACAGCAUGGCUUCCGGCGAUUACUGCGGCUUCUGCAAGCAAAAUGGAGAAACGGCAGAGAUCUACCGGAGCCACAAACUGAAAACCAAAGACGGCAAAGUCAUCUGCCCCAUUCUGAGGAUCUACAUUUGUCCUAUGUGUGGCGCCACCGGAGACAAAGCUCACACGCGCCGACACUGCCCACAGCGCAACGAAGUAGUGCCGAAAUACCGGUGGGCUGUGGAGUAGAAAAUAGUUAAAUCAAUCUGUAAAUGGGUGAUUCUUUUAACUAUGGU